AUGUAACUGCAACGUCGCAUCUAAACAAUAUACUGUACAUGCAGCGAGGCCGACCGACGCAGUGGAUCACUUCGCAGCAAAUUUGAGUUUUGACGUUUAGUAUGACGUUUCUAUUAUCAUUCGUCCGUAAUCACUGACACAAAAGAAUGCUCGUCGCGGGCGCGAGUCUUUUCGAAUCACGACGUUAGCCACUUGUAGUUGUGGUCGUUAGCAUUAGCGAAGUGUCAAAUGUAGCCGUGGUAGCCAUCCACUAGAUUUUAAUACGAGCGCUAGCAUUUAAAGUUGCUGGAGGUGGGGGUUUAAAAAAAAGAUGGUUGUGUUGCUCGUUUCAUUAUAAACACUUGGUAGUCGUCUGGCAGAAAGUAACCGGCCCCGUCCGGUGUCUUUAUUCCCUUCGGCCUCUUUCCGUCACUGAAACUCUGGCGUUAGCUUAGCUUCAACCGCAAGUCAGCCAGCAAGCUGGACAAAACGUUGGAUUUAGUCGGCUUUAAGUCGAGCUCGGCGGGCUCGCUGACGCCUCAGAAGAAAAUGAAGAAGAGGAAGGAGCUUAACGCCCUCAUCGGACUCGGGGACAGCAAGAGAAAGAAGGCGAAGAAAGGCUCCGGUCACCGGCUUCUCCGAACCGAGCCGCCGGACUCGGAGUCGGAUUCCAGCUCGGAGGACGACGAGUUCAACGGCAUGAGCAGCGGAACUAGCUUUGGCAAGCGAAGUUACAGUCAGUGCUGCGCCGUAUGCUACCCACUUUUUCUCUUCAUCAUACUCGCCGCCUGUGUCAUGGCUUGCGCUGGACUCAUAUGGAUGCAGAUUGCCUUGAAGGAAGAUCUGGACUCAAUGAAGGAAAAACUGCACAGCAUGGAAUCCAGCCAAAAGGCAUCUUCAAGUGAAAUCCCAAAACUAAGCGAUGACCUGAAAAACAAGGACAAGAAGCUUGAUGACAUUGAGAAUGGGGACAAAGGGUUGGGCAAACUCUGGUUCAACCUCACAGACAUAAACAGAAAGAUUACUUUGUUGGACUCUGCUGUCAACCACUUAAAGGCCAAUUUGAAAUCGGCUUCGGAUUUAAUCAGCCUGCCCACUACAGUGGAAGACCUACAAAAGAGUGUGGCUACGAUUGGAAGCACGUUGACAAGUGUUCAGCACGACGUGAAGACAAUGCAGACCGCGCUCGAAACUCAGAAGAAUUCCGACGACGGGCUGAAGGCAACUAUGGACAUAAGUGACCUGAGGAAAGCCGUGAGCAAGGCCAACCAGACGGAGGCCAAGCACCACAUUUGGAGCGAUGAGCAGAUCCAUAUGCUUCUGUCGACUGUCGCCGAGCUCCAGAGCAGGGUGUCGUCUUUGGAGAGUGGGCCCAAACAAAAUUUGAAAGAUGCUGAAUUUCAGCCCCUCGACAGCAGCGGGCCUCAAACGACCGAGAUGAACGAGCCUCAAAUAACCAAAGUGUCGCCACCAGAUAACACCACGCUAAGUCCUGACCCAGACACGAGCAGACGCCCACGCUUCCUCACCCUGAACCGCUCCAAGAGAAAUAGCGACAUCAAAUGCCAAAAGAGGCGCUUAGUUCCUGGAGUCACGUUAAAAGGUCUGAAAGAAAUCUUCGCGGAUGACUAUGGCAAUCCAGCGGGCCUGACGUACGAAGAGCUGUGGGUGAAGCUGGGGCCGUUGACUCCGAAAGCUCGAGUGCUGCGGUGUUUCGACAGCAACGGCGACGAGAGGUACUCCAUGACGGAGCUGAGAGCCGCUUUUGGGCUGUGAGCGAGUCACCCACGGACAGCAGUGAACCUCCAGUGAAGGAAGCCCAGCGUGGUCUGGCGUACGCUCUCUGUAAUUGCUGCACUUUUUGGUGUGAACAAAUUGUCUUCUUCCAUUUCUGUCCGAUCCAGCACAGCCUCAGCUCCUGCCCCAAAACUUGAGCUCGAAUCCACUCAUCUGCAGAAUGGUCACCGACUUAUAAGUAUCGUUCUCGAAUGACAACACCACGCCAUCAUUCGCUGAGAUUUUUUGUGGCAAAAAUGCCCCACCACCCCUCACCUGGUACAAGUGUGAGAUGUAUUUAUAAACUUUUAUGAAUGUUUACAAACAUGACUACUAGAAACAGAUUCUUCCAACCUGUUCCUGUUUUUAGCCACUUUCCUAUCUUAACUGUGAUGAUUGAUCCUAAUCCUGGUCAGUUAGUAUAUUUAAUGUAUCUCAAUAGCUAAUCAUAUCCCCCCCCCUUUUUUUUUCCAUCAAACUCGGUUUGAAGGGCUAUGUGCACUUGGAAACACUAAGAAUUUAUGUAGCAAUAAUAAAGAUGCCUAGCAUGCAGUAGAGCAGAGGUGGGCAACCUACAGCACGUGGGCCAAAAACUUAUUACGCCGGAAUGCGCAGAAAAUAUAAACAUUUCUUUGAUCGCUGUAUAUUUCUUAAAUAUAACCCACACAUGACUCGAUAAGAUAGGAGAAAGGUUCGCCACCCCUGAAGUAAACAUACCAAGCUGAAUGUGUAACAGGUAGUACAAGCACUGACAUCGCCCAUUAAGUCUCGUUUUAUGCGCGGCAUAAAGACGUAUUCACGGAAUUGUCCCUCAAGCGGCCGCUGUUAAUAAAAAGAAAAAAAAAUCUCUUUUCAUUCAGGGUGUUGGAUGAGUUAUUGUACAAUUCUGAGCUUAAAACCGGUAUAUUUUAAGUUGUACUUUACAAGUUGCUCAUAAUAAUGUAACAUGUACACAUUUAUUUAUGACAAAGCUAUUAUUGUCCACUACGUUGAGGUAGUUUCAGACAAUUUGCUGGGAAUGUACUGGCCUGGGCCACUACAAAAGGUUUUGGUGCAGAUCAGGGGUGGGGAACAGUCAGUCUAUAACACACUUUAACACACAAAUGCUCACAACAGACAUUUGUUUGAUCGUUGUUUUCAUUGAUCUAGUAUGGAGGGCUGGUUCCCGAUCCCUGAUCUGAAAGCUGCUACUGAGAUUUUAUUGGUGUUUUUGUGUGUGAGCAUCAAUGAAUAAACAGUAAACAAUU